UCUCCAAUAACAACACAGGCAUCAUGGCGGCUUUCGGGAGCAGACGACUCGCUCUUUCUGUCAAAGAUUAUCUCCUGUUUUCCUUUCGUGGAAGAUCACAGUUGAUGAGAAUGACAGUAUCACCAUGCAGCACAACCACAAGCCCAAGCUCUACAACUCCCUCUCCCUCCCAGACAGAAAGUAAAGAAGCGGAUGUAUAUAACGCAUCAGAAGUGGAGCAGCUGUUGAUCAAACAAAGUAAAAUGGAUAUGCCUGUCGAAAUGCCAAACCCCUAUGAGAGAGAGAAAUUACAGUGCAUACUCUGCAACUACAAGGUGCAUUUAGACUACAAGAAUGUUAGAUUGCUCUCCCAGUUUGUAUCACCUUUCACUGGACAGAUUUACGGCAGGCAUAUUACCAGGUUAUGUCGGAGACAACAAUCAAUACUGGAACGAGAAAUACAAAAGAGCAGAGAUGCAGGUUUCAUGCCAGUGAUGCUGAAGAGUGUAGAUUUCUUGAAGGAUCCCAAAUUAUUUGACCCCAACAACCCUGUUCGGCCACAUAAAUAUUAGUGAUCAGAUACUGGUUUUGUAGAUAUGCACAUAUGAAGAGAUACAGUGCAGUCCAGAAAUGUGACUUUUGUAUAAAAUACUGAAUUAAAAUGUUGAGUUCUUUU